GAUUACACACUAUGCGUGUGUUUCAACGCACGGGUCGAGCACUACCGCGUCAUCUAUAAAGACAACAAACUAACCAUCGAUGAAGAAGAAUAUUUCGAGAACCUCUCGCAACUCGUCGAUCACUAUAUCGCCGAUGCGGACGGUUUGUGCACAACGCUAAGGGUGUCGGUGCCGAAGAGCGGCAGCUUUGAGGUGUCGGUGGACUCGAAGGCGUUCGAGGCCGCGGGUUGGGUCAUCAAAAUGCAAGACCUCAAACUCGGCGAGAUUCUCGGGAAGGGAGAGUUCGGUGACGUCUUAUUGGGCUCUUUGAGGGGCCAGAAGGUGGCCGUCAAAAAGCUCAAGGACUCGAGUAAAGCCGCACAGGAUUUCUUAACCGAAGCGAGUCUUAUGACAUCAUUAAGUCAUAACAAUUUAGUUCAAUUGCUGGGCGUUGUGUUCGACGGGCCGUCCAUUUGUUUG